AUGGCAGUUCGUAGAAGGUUUCUUUCUUCUCGCAAGCUGAAAAGACUUGGGAAAGCUUUCAUUUUAUUUACUCUAGUAGGGUUCUUUAUUUGGCGUUACAUUUUGAAGUCUUCACAACAACGGUUAAGAAAAAACAUCCAACCAGAAACUGGCAUAACAACUGUAAAGCCUCUCAUGGGUGCAGUGAACGUUCAUACAUGGCGGAAUUUGUGUGGCUUUGACGUCUCACAACUCAGAGAAUCAAUAUUUUUCCCUUACUUUCCCGAUGAACAGUUUGAAGUAUUCAUCACCGACUUUAAAAUUCAAGACAACACAGAACACUAUGGUCGACGCAUUUUUGGCUUUUUAUACCCACCCAGCAGUAUGUCCUACCGUUUUGCCAUAGCUUCUGAUGAUACAUCAGAAUUUUGGCUUAGUUUUAGUGAAGAUCCACGUGAAAAGGAAUUGAGAGCAAAAGUGUUUUCAAAGAGUGCUUCUGCUUGGACCACUGAAAAUGUAUUGGAUAAAUAUCCAGAUCAAAUUUCGAAAACAGUGAACCUAUUUAACGGCAAGAAAUAUUACUUCGAAAUUCUUCACAAACAAGGUACCGAGAAUGGUUUUGUACAGUUGUAUUGGAAGAGUGCUCUAGAGGAUGAUUUCAAACUGAUAAAUGCAAAUUACAUAUCCACCUACCCAAUCAAAAUUCCAGUUCCUACAGAGAAAAAAGGUGCCCUUCAUAUGUCUUUUUUAGGACAGCACCAACACGAACUAGCAAUGAGGAAAUCCAAAAAAUUUAGAAAGGAAUACUUGUCAUUCUAUUCUCUGCCAUUCAUUCCCAGAAUAAGUUACUUACCCUCGUGCGAAUACAAAAGCAGUUAUCUGCUGCAGCAAGGAGUUCAUACGUACGAAGGGGUGAAAGCGGUUCCUGAAUCGAUCGUAUAUCCUGAGGACGACACUGCAAUGGGUGACCUAGGCUACCUAAUAUCUUGGCCAAAUAAGGUUGCCAACAAGGAUGUAAUUCAAGCAGUUGUGGAUAAGCUUAUGACUUCUUUGAGACUGGGAACAUCCAAGUAAGUUAAUCAUAUAUACAAAAGGUAAGUUUCUAAAGAAAAUAUCAUGUUUUGUCGCUGAGAGAGGGGGCUGACAAAGAGCUGAAACUCGAAACGUUAGCUUAGAAGCUCAAUACGAUGGUCAGUUUACAUUAUAAACUCAAUUAAUAUAACAAAGGUAUCUUACUACUAAAUGUGGCAGUCAAAAGUAGCGUGAUUUUUCGUGUACAGAGAGCUUUUACAAUACCAUCGAUCCAUCACGUUAAACUCAAUUAUCUGUCCACUUCCAAAAUACAGCUUGAAUACGUUUUCUUCUCUCCUGAAGACGACAUUAUCAGGAUAUAAAAGGUCUUUGCUUUAUUACUAUAUGGGCUGAAACAACAAAAAGCUACAGCGAAUGGUAAAAAUAGUUGAGACAAUAUUUAAUACCGAUUCUUAAUUCUUUUUUCUGUUUCUCUCUAAUCUUGUAGCUUACUCCACCAGCCCUAUCGGGCACGAACAAAUAAAUCUUGAUGAAAAAUGGGUACAUGCCUCAGCAUUCUAUUCACCUCAUCAAAGGCUACAUUUUUCUUUGCCAAAAUGUUUAUUGAUAGUCUUUCUCCUGACUAAUGAAAUUCCAUAUUUCGUCAAAUAAUGGAUUCUUGAGAACACCUCCGUAUCGAAGAUUUUAGAAUAGCAUAGAUAAGUUCAAUUCUCUAUUUUCAUUUCCCGUUUAUGUGUUGCAUGUGAUAUUUAUCUCUUCAUUAUAUUAGUAAGUUUAUUUAGAAUUAUUCGAAAGAAGAAACUUUGGUUUCGUUCUUGCGUCUCUACCUCUGUUCCAUAAAUUCCCAACAAGAUACUGAAUCUCUCGAGCAAAAUCAGUAACAGUAUUCGCGCAAGAUUAGAAACAUGUGUCUUGUCAUGUGGGUUAGUGCCCAUUGAAUAACGCCCCUUAAAAUUGAGUUUCAGUAUCUUUGACUAAUUCUCUAUUGAUCUGAUUUAGAAACUAUUUUCUAAAGAGAAUCCACAAAAUACUGCAGAGGACAGAUCCAGUUUACGGAGAUCGUUACUCUGUUGAGCUGGAGGUCGGUUUAGAGGGUACUAAACAGUCGUUUCGCCUGUCAGAACACGUCUUUCAAGAAAAGGUCAAUCACAGUUUGUGCUUCCAGGACGGUAUGGCUUGGAAUAAAGAGGCUAAAGUGUACUUCAUAGUCCCUGUCAAGGACCAAGGAAAAUGGGUUUAUCACUUAAUCAACGAGCUCACCAUUGCUAGCUAUUUGACCGCUGAUACGAACUUUCAUGUCAUUAUCGUUGACUUUGAGAGUAAAGAUAUAGAUUUGCCAAAGGCGUUUGAUACCUCUCUUCUUCGCAACAGACAUACGAUUAUUUCGUUAGAAGGUAAAUUUUUCAAGACUUUGGCGUUAAACACAGCAGUUGAACAUGUUCCAAGUGCGCAAGAUUUACUGUUUCUGUUUGAUCUCCAUACUGACGUACCAGUAGAUAUGUUGGACAGCGUUCGCAAGGUGAGUCGGUUCGGAUAAUGUCAUCAGCUCUUUCACUUCCAAGAACGUAACAUCAAUUCUCAUAACUGCUGGUGACCUAGCUUGAUCAUAUCAAAUAGUGUCUACUAAAUUAACCCUCGGACGUACAAAGGGGAAGGGAUGAGAAGGGGGGUGAGGAGGGGGGGUGAGUGGAAGUUGACUCCUCUCGGGUUUUCUUAAAAUUGUCUGAAGAGGAUUUCAUCUGAGCAACUUUCCCCUUCAGUAACUGUUUGUUUAUCUUGGAGGAGUAUUUGCUGUGAAUUUGGUGGAAAUCAACUCAAAGAUAUAGAAUAUAUUAAAUGACAAAUGAGGUGUGGUUUAAGGGUUGAUAUGACUACGAACGAACUAAAUCUUCUAAGUUGAAAAGGGAAGUACAGUAAAGUUACUAUUUAUUUUUUGAAUAUUAUUUUUGAUUUUACUCUUAAGUUUGAUAGCUUUCGUUCUCUGACAAGGGAAAUAUUGUAGUGGAAAAAGUGAAAAAUCUAAAAAAACAUGUUCGAUAACGUCACUGACCCCAGCAGCUCCAUUUUCCCAUGAUAUUAACAUAGACGACAAAAGUAGACGACAUAACAAACUAUCCAUUUAAGGUAAAUCUUUGCAAGAUACUGCGUCGUAGCGAAAAUGCUAGAGGGGGGGGGGGAUCCAGCCACCCCUCCAUUAACCUCAUCCCCCUUGUACCUGAGUGAGGUAUGUAUUUGCAUGUUCGUCCUAGGGUUAACAAAUAUUUUCAUUUUUCCUUUUCUCUCAACUGCCUUACAGUAUAGCAAAUGUAGCUGUGGAUUAAACGUCAGCUUGGAAACUCCUCACGAUGGCUAGCUUACAAUGUAAAGUCAAUUGAUUAAACCAAAUUAUCUAAUCAUUUAUUACGUAGCACAGUCAAAAGCAUCAUGAGUCAUCGAGUACAGAGAGCUAGUACAAUACCAUCGGUCCAUCACGAUGGAUGCAACUUGGUUAUAAAAUGAGUUGACUUGCUGUUUAUUUCUGUUCCCAUCUGGGAAAAGCGUUUCCUUGUUUGGCUGCCAACUUGACGUCUCAACCGCAAUUAAAGCUAUGUACGAGUUUCAGCCGGACAACUAAGUUCGUCGCUUGAAUCAGACUGUCAGGAACCUAUUUUGCCCUCUAAUGAGAGAUAUAUAUCGAGAUAUGUAUAUACUGAGAUAUAUAUCUCUCUACAUGUGAGAUAUAUAUUGAGAUAUUGUGCGACCAACUCUAAAUGAGAGAUAGGGGCUCAUCUAUUUCUAAGAUAUGACUGCAAACAACAUUUCGCAUCGCAAUUAAUUUUAUCGAAGAAAGGUCAGUCCAAUACUUUUCCUGAUACUCGUUUAUUUUCAGAACACAAUAGAGGGACGCUUUGUUUAUGCGCCUGUAGUUGGUCGCUUAGAUUGUGGUAGCACAUACGUCGAUCACAAAGGCUUCUGGGAGCUAAGCGGAUAUGGUUUUCUCAGUGUAUACAAAUCUGACUGGCAACGCUUUGGAGGUGGGUAUAUGUUAUCAAAGUAGUUAUACAGCAGGGACAUAACGACGAUUAUAGCGCUUUCGAAAUUAACAAAGUAUGUUUUCAACAGCUUGAAAUGAAAAUAUGAGUGAGUUCGCAGCUUUAUUUAGUAUUUUAAGCAAAAAUAAUGAAAAUUUGCACGCUAGGGCCUUUCCAAAGUUAUAUCAACAACUUCGCAAAUAAACUUCAUCCAGUUCAAUACCGACCUCGUCACAAUGUAACCCACCCACAUCAGUGAACUCUAUGACUAUAAGACACGCAAAAAUAUUGAUCAAUAAAGAAUGUAAACACAACUAUUCGUCGAGCUGCAUUAACGAAGAAAAGUUUUCCUAAACAAAUGCUCCUCUUGCCAAAAAAAUGUUUCUCUUGCCAAGAGAAAAUAGACUUGCCGAAAGAAAUGUGCACUCAAUGUAAGUUUUCUAUCAAAAAAUCCCUUUUACCUUUUCUGCCAAUGUUUAUAACUCAUUGCAAAGUCAUGCUCGUGUCUUAUUUAUCUAUUCAUUUUAAGGAAUGAAUACUGCUCUCUAUCAGUACAAGUGGGGUGGAGAAGACUGGGAUCUACUAGACCGUAUUCUCAACGCGAAGCUGGAAGUCGAGAGAGUCAAGUAUCCGGGACUUUAUCACCAUUAUCAAAUCAAACAAAAGACAUGGAACUAG